AUGACGACAAAAGACGUUGCAUCAACUUCUGUUAAUGCCAAUCCUGUGAAAGUUACUACUGAUGCAUUCUUCAAAACGAACGUAGGUGAUAGGUCACUCUGGUGUAGCAAUGUUGCCUCUUCUCUUCGCGUCUACAAUCAAAUGAGACGUGUUGAACACGUUGACCGUGCUCGCAAGUCCGCUGAACAGGCCGUUAAGGCCGCAGAAGAAGGGAAAUCGAUUCCUGAAUAUGACUAUCUUCCAUACUUUUACUCUCGAGCCUUUGAUCUCUCAUGGCAAUUCUAUGGUGACAACGUUGGAGAAACCGUUUUGUUUGGAGAUAAUGACCCAAAAUCGCUGAAGCCGAAAUUCGGAAGCUAUUGGAUUAAAUAA